AGGAUCCAUUCUUGUUUGAGUUUGAUGAACAUUUUAUUACCGGUAACUGCAGUCAGAGGUUCCUGGUGCUUUGUUACAAUUUUGCUUGGUAGUAGAAAUGCUAGCGAUAAGCUUGUAGCAUUUUUCAGGACGCACCGUCUACAUCAUGUUGCAUGUUGAACGGACGGAAACGGUAGAGGAAAGAUAUUAAAGUAGGUGUACUACUGCUAGCACUAGGUUUCAUGUGGGUGAGAAUGUUGGCAUGCUUCAUGACGAGAAGUGCUCGCCUGCUGCACUCUGAGUACAUGCACACCAACUAAAUAUCACGAAAAUAUAAUGAAGCCGUUUCCUUUUUUGUCAGCUCAUACGUGUUGAGAGUCACGACAAGCACAAUGUCCACACUGACCUCCGCGUAGAGUCGUUCCACGGGACCAGCCUAUUUUCUGACUCGCUGACCACCUUCCCUCGGUAACGGAAGUCGCUAAUUCAGAGAAUAACGGUGGGAAAUCUCCUGUCGAUUCAAAUAUGUCUUCCGAUGUUCCAUUUUCGGCUUGCAUGCAGGACCUACACGUGUACUUGGAUCGAUCACGAUCAACGACAGAAGGAAUCACGUUGAAGUGAUGACGCUACAGCCCCAUCAAAGACUAUCGAGUUACCGCUGCACCGAUUUUUGAUGUGUUUUCUUUUCUGGUCUUGCGAGAAAGCAGCGCACGCCUGAUGCGGAUGCCACCUUGGGUGUUGCUCGACCACAAAGACGAAGGGGGCAAUGAUUCUUGGCUGCUGAGUACCUUCAAUCUACUAGCGGGACAGGCAGCUGUGGGUAUUGUACCUAUUGGUUGUAAGACAUAAAAGUGCAGGCAUCCAGAAUGGACGAAGAUGAUACGCAGCGCUCGCGCGCUCCCUCAGGGGCAGCGCGCACAAGUGGCCACAAUAAACGCCCAGCAGCACCGGUUCCAAGCGAUCUUCCGUCGCUCGGUGGAGAGAUACCCCCUGUACCGACGACAACAUGGGGAGACAUGCCUCAUGACAGCAGCGAUUCAGAGGAAUUGCUUUCGCCCGCGGGUCGCAACAGGAAAAAAGAAGAUAGAAUGGUGCGCAAAAUCUACAAGAAAUACACCUCGGACACGCCAACGGCGUCGGACGUGGACCAAAAGUCUUCAACCGAGUCGCAACAUCGAGGGAGCCGUAUCAGCAAGGACGCAUCCAGUCGAAACAGUGGGAUGAGCCUAGCAGGUCUCAUUGUCCAUCCACCAGGCGGAAGACUCAGCACUGGUGGCGUCGACGCGCUUGGCGGCAGCAAGUAAUAAAACUUCAUACGAUUUAAAUUUUGAAAGAGAGUGAGUAGAAUCCAACAGGAACAAGCUAGAUUAGCGGAUAGUAGGCGUCAGGGAACUCUUAGGCAGAUUGCCGUAUAGAUUCACGCCAUCCAAUGAGAGCGAGCACAAUGCGAAUGGAACGCCAUUCAUUAUUUUAGCAACGCGCUAGACAUAGGCUGUCUAGUACUGUAGGCAAAUCGCCUAUCUCAUCUCAUAAAAAGCGGACAUGAUCAGACAAGUAGAUCUAGUAAUCGCUGUGGCCUAAUGAUAUAGUAUUGAUUGCACUGUGUUAUUUACAACUUCCAGUAGUACAUCGAUGCACACUUGACAGGGCGCGAAACAGCGGCGGAAUGUGUUCGGACAGUGACUCGGAUCAAAGUUGGUCUUACCAGUACUUCUUCGCUCGCUCUGAAAACGACAGUUCCGCACUGAGCGAGUCUCCACCACCGAGAGAACUCCACCAUGCAGCAGGUGGGAGUACAACUAAUAUGCAGCAGCUGAACUCGUCAAGUAGUGGCGCUACACUCUCUGGAGGUGGGACAAGUGGCAUUGUGCCAGCGGCUACAGGCGCAACAGGAACUGCGGAUGAACCAGAGUGGAGACGCAGAGAAUUGCGGCUUGGGGGGACGCCAGCUGCUUCAUCUGGUGGAGGUGGCAAAAAGUGGGGCCCCCCCGGUGGAGGUUCUUUAUCAUCUGUGACGAGCACGGGUCCUUCAGGGCCAAUGAAAGGAGGUGGAGGAGGACAACCCUCUUCGCAGACUAUGGUAUGGAGCAAGAAAGGGAUGAGUUAUCAUCAAAUGGGACAAUCGUCUUUAUCGGGACAAGAAGCAGCAGCAGGGCCACCAGCGCAAGGAUCAUAUCAGUCAGGGUUGACAGCAAGGGCUGCCAGUAGUAUACAGUCCGAAAUACGACAUGACUAUCCUCCUCCCGGUACCACAACUGCAAUCAGCAGCGGCGGCUCGAAGGGAAGCGCUACGGCUAAUGCCGCAGCUAAUUCUGAAACAAAGACUCAACAACCAGAAAAUCAAACUGGCGCUACGUCUAGCGGUGGCUCAAAGAAUGCCUGGAGUGCUCUAGAAUCAGGUUUAUGGACGGACCCCGCAGUGAACCGCACUCCCGUCACUAACGAUCAAAGCUCGUGGGGUUUUAGAAGCAAAGGCGGAAAAAAGCCGACAGCUGCAUCAUCAGAAGCAUGGGGGUCUGCAUCUGCGAGUGGCAAGCCGAUGACAGAGCAGUAUCAAGCUUACUACAACAGUAACACGGCUGCGACAGGAGGAAGCAGUUAUAACAAUCGAAUGCACGACCAAGCGCCUUCCUCGUCUGGAGUACAACAUCAAAGUGGAAGCUUAGCAUCAGAGCAAGGAGCACAGGCACCUUCAACGGGAUCGUAUCAUGGCAAAGGAGGUUACUCUACGAGCAGCUACGGAUCAUACGGUACCGACCAUACUGCACCUUCGCAGAGCAGAGCCGACUACGGCAAUCAGCAAACAACUUAUAAUGCGAGCUAUGGUCCACGUACUGCAGGUACUGACCCGCGAUCGACGUUUGCCCCCGGAAAGUACGGCAAGGGCAGCGACGAAUCAUGGCGGCAGAGCAAGAGCUACCUUCAACCCGGGCCAUCAAGCGCCACCGCGACACCAAGUUCGGGCUCAGUGUGGCCCGGAGGAAAACAGCAGCAACCACAGUCCAGUUACAGCGAUUCGAGUUAUAACAUGUCAACACCGAAUUACAACCAAGGAUCCAGCACGUAUGCGCAGCAAAACGACGCUAGCAGGAGUCGAGCAAGCUCUAGGGGUAGUGCUAAUGUCAACACGGGAUUAGAACAACUUUCUUUCUUGAAGUCUGGGACUAGUAACAAAGGUGCAACAGGUGGUGGAAAUUAUACUCCCUCGGCAGGAGCAGGGUCAGGUAACAAUUUCCAACCGCCCACAUCAAAUGCUGGGUAUCCAGGUCAGUCAACAGUCACGACAGGCGCCCUGCCGUCGGGUAGCUUUCACGAUAAGGUAGGCAAAGGAAAAGGCGCCACGGCUGUAGGUGUCGCCCUAACUCAUCAAGCGCAUCAAUUCGGAAGUUCGAAUAUGAAAAAUCAUCUGAAUAGUAGCCCAGACGUGUAUCCCCCUCCAUCCGAGGGGAAGGCGUACAACCAGCCUGCAGGUGUUGGCGGUAGUGGCUACAAUUCUUCGAGAACUCCUGCAAAAUCGAAGUCCUCUGUCGACGAAGACCAAAAUUUGAGCUCACCCCCUAAGCUCGACGAGGAACAGAGUUACUCUGGAGUUCUAGGUGGCCGGCUUGACUGGUCCUUACUAGAACCAGUUGCUCCGCGUGAUCACAGCAUGCCGCCCCCCGGCACUGCUGGUAGUCCUGCCUUUGAAAGCCGGUCAAUAUCAAAGGGUACCACAAAAGGAACUCAGCUGACUGGCACUACACCCUCAGCGCAGCAGCGCGAGAUGGAGGUACUUCCUUUUUUACACAAAAAGACUCUGACUCUGAAGUUGAUAAUAGAGUAAGGUAAAUAACGGGUUUCGAGGUUCAGCGAGUUGCUGAAGCGAAGGGCUCCCACUCUGCUUUCGCGACUUCCUUCGCAAAAGAAGGCUGGGGAGGCGCUGCCUCCUUCCGUUUGGGAUCGAUAGCGGCGCGCCGCUCCCCACUCGGUGGCGUGGAGCAAGUGCCCCGCCCCCUCCUGUGGUUUGGUUGGGGCGUGUCAAUCUGGCUUCGGGUUUUCGUCCCGUUGCGUUGCGGUGCGGGGGGUUUCCGUAGGGGUGGGCUCGUAGCCGGCUUACGGCCGAAGAAUGCCGCUGUGACAUGCAUGGGGGAAAAUGCGGCGGGGGCUGAUGUGUGGGCGGGUAGCGGUGGGUGCGGUUUCACGUUGGUGGGCACUGGGUGGGCCGGUGCGGUACAUGCCACACCCCCCAGGGAUCCCGUGUUGGACCCUUUGCGGACAUUCGACUACCCCUCCCUUGGCUGUCUUCCACUAGAUGACGCCCCUCCUGCCGGCCCGUAGUGCUCUUUUUUUGUACUUCAACGCCUCGGGCGAAGCGAAAAAAUUUGCAUGGGCAACUCGAGUACCUCGAGCAACCCGAGGAACUCGACCCAAUAUGGGCCCAAAAAAUCUAAAUCUAUGAUAAUGAUAUAUUAUACCAUAGAUACUCGCUUUAUCGAACCAAGUAGACCACUACAGCAAUCAUCUCCCGAUCAAGACCAUGUAUCGUAAGAAUGAAAGAUCUACAGUUGCGCAUCAAAACGGGAUGCUGUAAUCGCAUUACAGUGCUAGUGCACUUUGUUGUGCUUGUGCAACUAGCUUCUAAUUUUCCAUCGUGCAUCAGGUCUCAAGAGGAAACAGUGGGACGGCUGAUUUCUACCCUCAAGGAAACACAGCCGACAUGUGGUCUUGGAACGCGGACGAGUCGUGGCGGUGGUCAGGUGAUUGGAAUCAACAAUGGGGAUCGGAUUACUGGGGUGGUGAGCAAUGGGCUGGCGCUCAGUCACGGCAAUCAGUAGGGGGUGGUACUCAACUUGGCAUAGUUAUCCUCGUAAAACAUCCAAUUUAUUAGGAUGAUCUUCUACGCAACAGAAAAUCAUACGAAGCUGAAUCAAUCGAAUUUCUUGUGGUUGUUGCCUGUGAAUCACAUUUUUUCAUCUUCUUACCUUCAGAUCGGAACUUUGCAUCCGUACCUGCCACAUCGUCUACUGGUAUAAUGCCUCAUUGUCAUUGGAAACAAGGAGCUACUAGCGCACACCCUGCAGAAUCGGGCAAAGGUAAAAAAUCGUCGUGGCUUCCCCAGACAACUGGUCCCGUCGGAACUCAGCAGCAAUAUUGCCAGUCCCAGCAUAAUCCUACUGGCUCAGGAACUCCAGCAUCCUCAUCCAGAGGCGCCUUCUGGAACUCUUCAACUGCGGUGACCGGCACCGGUCCCGCCAGCGUCGAUGCUAGUACAUGGGGGUCCUGGGAUGCUUCAUCUCAGCACUACGAGACCACACCAGUGUCCUCGCAUGCAGCAGGCGGACGUCCUUACGCUCAUCAACCACCCCAGAAUUUGCCUCUCGGGUCCCAACAAGAAAUGUUUUCAGGUGGUACCACAGCAAACCUGGCUGGUACGAGCACGAACACUUCUGCGCACAUGGUGAGCAACACUAGUAUCAUUAGUCAACAAGGUAGUCAUCAACAUCAUCAAAGCGGUCCCGGUUCAGUGCAUCCAGGUGACCACACACCGUAUGCCCAAGGAUCGGAGCAAAGUUCGCAAAUUUUUAGGGGAGUGACAACGAGCUCGACUGCGAGUUACCUCCACCGGCGAAGGUCAAGGAGGCCAAGUGGCGAAACGGACCGAAGAAUUGCAAGAAACGCACCAAAAAUAUCGGAUGCUGGAUUUUUGGAGGAUCUACCGGCGGGCAGCAAUACAGCAUUAGCCGAGCAUAAAGCAAGUCGUAAUAUUCGCCAGAUUUUCUUCAUUUGGUUUUGUUAUUCAUUCUUAUGUCUGAUGUCUGUCUUCAUUGAAUUUUCAAGUGCUUCUUGGUAAGUCGCCUUCUUGCGCUUUUUUACACGAAGAGAGGGUCUGCUGUUGCACUGCUUGUACGUCUCAUAGAUGCAGUCGAGUUGUAGUGUAACAUUUUUUCGUUUUCACACCAGACGAAGUUUAAUAUUUCCACUUUAAUAGUCGAAAUCCUCGAACGAUAACAUUACUACCUACAACAACAACAGCCGGAGCAGACAGAAGCCUGUCUCGUGACGUCUCUGAGGAUGACGACGAAGACGGCCCUGCAUCACCGUUUAACAAGACAGCACCAGCCGCUUUUUUUGAUCACCAAAAGCAGCAAAUGCUUGCUAUGAACAGCAGUGGGCAGACGAACCUAAAGAACAUGAAUAAUAUCGUUACAACGGCUGCUAGUUCAGCUGCGGUGUUUUUAGAUGGCGGAAAACGGGACUCAGUAUCGUCAGCAGAACAGCACGACUACUUUGCCUCUUCCGCAACAUCCUCCGGCGAUGGCAAGCUAGGCGCUGGUGGGCCAGUUGAAGGCGAAAGAGCCCUGCUGGAUGUUCUUGUCAACAACAAUCAUGGGACCACUGGCGCCAACAAGACGAGUAGCACUGAACGCAAGAAGAAAUGGCGGCGUGAUAAGUUCUUACUCGACGAGGGUGACGUGACUUACGACUUCGAUGAAGCUACGCCAACGCCACACGCGUCGCAACAUCACCAGGUACAUCCACCAAAAUCGCUUGUUGGAGUGGCAGUGGUGCCCGGUAAUGCCACUGGCACCGCUGCUGGCAAUAAGCGUGAGCUUCCAGAAAUCAUUCUCGAGGAAAGUAAUAUCUCAGGAUCUUCAUCGUCUGGUGUAGUGAACGACCCCAAUGCUGAUACUACGACCAUUUUGGACCCAUGCCAGUCCGUGUCCGCUCCUGCCGCAGUACUGUCACUGGAAAGAACAGUCCCUGCCAGUGCGCCCGCCUCGCCAAAUGAAAGGAAGAGGAAAACGGGCAAGCGGAACCAGCGGAACGAUGGUGCAUCUUUCCUCCAGCGCAGCCCCAGGAUGGAAGAACAAAAGACUGAUGGCAUAAUAGAAGACUUAGACACGAUUGGUAAAGAGACUUUACCGCUAGGAGCAGUUCGUCCAGAAGGAGACGCGAUGCCGGCAAAAGAGGAUGGGCUGCUUCCCGGUGUUGAUGAAAGAAGCUCUACAACGACAACAUUAACAACUCAGCAGAAUAUAGAAUUAUCGGAACGACUGACUGCAACGCUGUCAGAAACCAGUACCAGAGACAAGGGACCUAUUGAUGAACGACAAAAUGACGAACGGGAAGCGCCCGAAACUACACCCGCACAACGUGACAGCGGUGUAAGUCCGACUCGGCGUUUGAACGCUAGUGGAAGUAGAGGCUUCAGUGUGGCAACGUCUGCGGGUAAUUGGAACAAGCCCUAUCCUUUUGCAGAGAGACUGACACUAUUUGUGUUGUGUAUUCUUGCUGUUGCCUCUGGCGGGCUGGCUCUCUUAUCACAGCCUGCGCGAAUUCGCGGAGGAGCAAGCCUACAAACACGCCCAGGAGACGGGACACCGACACAACCUAGUAUAUUGAGUGAUGGAAUUCAAGGGACGCGAAGAACUCAUGCCACGAGUCGCAGUGUUGGGGAUCUAGCUUCACCACGGGCCGCGGGAAGUACUUCUACAAGAGGGAGUAGUGUGUCGACCAGGGGGAAGCAGGUUCAACUUCAAGGAAGAACGUCAUCUCCACAGCUGCGCGAUAAAUCAUCACCUGCUACAGCGGCGGCGCCAGAGAUAGAAAAUGGGCACUCGAACUCUAGACCAAGCUCUGCUGAUGAAGAUGCCGAUGCGAGCUACCAGCAUGCUGCCCAGUUACUCGAAAGAAACGCGUUUCAGGCUGCAGAAGAAUUUUUGCUGAGUCUCAGGCAGGAAUCAAUGGUCUCGAAAGCCCAGAGGAGCAGGGGCAUAGUAGCAGGCGGCCCAGAGGCGUGGCCACACAGAGAGAUCGCGCUUGGGUUUGCUCUUGCAGCCCAGGGUAAACAGCUUGAUGAGGCCAGACUCUUGCUGCACACGAGGGCACCACGCUCAACAGGUUCGAAGAAGGAGUUGCCGAGAGCAGGCAGCGGAAAAUUGAGUGAAAGUUUAUGUGGUGUCCAGCACUCAACAGUCGGAUAUCUUUUGUUUCUUGUCGAUGGAGACGUGCGCGGCGCAUUGGAAGAGUUUCUGACGUCGGCGAAGUGCCAGCCGCUGAAUCCGUACCCGUGGAGCAAUGCUGGGGUUGCGGCAUUGUACUUGAAUCAGCCUGUGGCUGCCGUAGAGUCGCUCACAAGAGCAGUCGCGCUCGCUAAAGCACGGCCUAAUUUGUUUUCUGUGAGCUUCUUUGCUCACAAUCUUAUGGUCGCAGAAGGCAGAAUUCCAGCUGCAGAGCCACAGCUCGGACUCUAUUUCUUGAACGAUGACCAUGCAGCGAUGCAAGCUGGAUAAUGGCGAUGAGCAUGAGGUUAGACACGAGAGCAGUAUACUCGCAACGCAACAUCAGAAAGGGUCAUUCGCAUCGAGCUUCAGCAGUUGUGCUACCAGGCAAUGAGCAGGCGCAGGCGAGUCUUACUUUUUCUCGACGGAUUCAGUAGACUAGUUUUCGAUCAUGUCGCGUCGAUUCUUCAGCCGUAUUGAAAUCUCUCUACCAGCAGGCAGCUCUAGUUUUAGUACUACCAUCCAGUCCAAUACGCAUAUUUACGUAACCAGAUGAAAACUCGUUUUGUGAUGUUAGUGUACGUGUACGUGAAGCAAACAAGUACGUAGUAGUAAGUAGUACAUCUGAAUAACCAUACCAACAUCGCGACUAUAAAGAGAAUUGUCGACAGCAAGCGUCAUGGUAUUACGCUGCUGGAGCUGGCGCUAAACGCAUAGUGUCGUGGCUUUACCAGCAUAAUAUUGCAGGGUAGUAGUUUAUAGCACGCAUGGUGCAUGGAGUAGCAUGGAGUGCAUGGAGCGCAGAGCUUUAAGGGGCGCAAGAAGCUCCCCCUUUAGCUCCAUGCUACUCCAUGUGAUCCAUGCACUCCAUGCCAUGCGAGCCGUGAAACCUUAUAAAUUGCUCUGAUAUUGAUACUGCUAAUUAUAUAUAAUACUUUUGCAUGCAUUUGCAUAUUUGCUUACAAACGCAUCAAGAUCAAACAAUAAUGAGGAGUACCUCCUGUCUAAAAUGUCAACACAUGGACUCUGCCGCAGCACCCGUUGGCAAACCUUCUUCUCAUGCUCAAAGUGUAAUGACUACACUAACAUUUCCGCGCAAAGUAGACUCCAUCAGCAUCAGUGCUCAUUAUUCAUGUCGGGCUUGAGAUGUAGUCAUUAUGUCUUGCUUUACAGCAACGGGGUUCUACAGUAG